AAAUUCUCUUGUUCAACGUGAACCACGACGAGCAGGAGGCCACAGACGAUGACCUCGACACCCCCUCCUUCAUCUCAUUUCGUCAUUCCAGUAAUUCCACAUAUUCCAACAUCUUCAGGGUCGCGUCAUCGAGGCUCCAUUGGCUCUUCAUUCUCUUUCGGUCCCCAGAAUCUCAUCGACUCAUACAACGACGCGAACUCGAGCUAUUCUCGUAAUCAAUCUCUUGCCCUCGACCCAAAUCGCUCUAUACUCCAAGUCUCUCCGUUGAAAUCCUCUCCACAACAUCAUCGGAAGCCGAAAGAUAGUGCAAGUCGCCACCCACACCCGCUCGCAAACGACACUACUGGUAUAUUUCAAGACUCAGAGGAUGAUGCUGACGACGAAGAUGAGUACGAGUGGGGAAUGGUCGAUAGGAUGAGGCUAUGGAGACACGAUGCUCUGAUGCAACAUCUUUACGAAACAGCGGCGUUCUGGGGGGAUAAGAUCCUGAGCUGGACCAACGAUCCGAACGACGCGUUCUGGCUCGCACAGACUUAUUUUAUGCAACACCAAUACUCGCGGGCUGAACGAUUACUUACUCGUCCAUUUUCAACUUCACCUCCUCGACAACCAUCCACUCCUCCUCUCAACUUAACCAAUGGCAAUAUAUCACAUCUGCACUCACAUAAAGGGAAAGGGCGCGAACAAGAUCUUCUCUCGUCCACUGUGUCUAUCUCCCGAUUACCUAUGGGACCAACUGGCCCAUUAGACAUUCCAGAUGAUGGAACUAUUUCGAGACUGGUGGAUAUGAGUGUCGCAUGUCGUUACUUGGCUGCUCAGUGCCAAGUACGUCAAGGAAGCUGGGCAGCAGCUACAGAAAUGUUGGGAGAGGCUAAUCCAUUCCGUGACUCUGGCCGCAGUGGUCCCACAGUACCGAAUAUUGAUGGGGGCAUCAAAAUAGAGGCCUCAAUGUGCCACUUACGAGGGUUGUUAAUGAUCAAAAUGAACAAAGCCGAUCAGGCAAAGAAUUGCUUCAUGGAGGCGCUGGCGUUGGAUGUCAAAUGUUAUGACGCGUUUGAGCAAUUAGUGAGCGGAGAGAUGCUGUCACCGGAGGAAGAGUGGGAAUUCGUGCAGGGCCUCUCUUACUCGUCACAAACACCGCAAGAUGCUUCUUUCAUCCAGUUAAUUUACACGACACGCUUAAGGAAAUACAAGCACGCGGAGGAACAAGCUUUAACACGCAAAAGACUGGUUGAUGAGUACGGACUUGGUGAUAACCCGGACCUUCUCUACAGUUUCGCUGAUGCAUUGUAUACUAACUUUCGUUGGUCGGAUUGUUUUAUCAUUACGACUCGUAUCCUGAGCCUCGUCACGAUACAUAACCCGACCAUGCCAUUACAUCUCGCCUGCAUGUAUCACCUCAAGCAUCUCCACUCAAAACUCUUCCUGCUUGCCCAUGAAAUGGUUGAUCGCGAGCCUGAAAACCCCAUUAGCUGGUAUGGCGUUGGGAUCUGGUACUUGAGCCAUAAGAAUUGGGUCAGCGCGCGACAGUACUUUAGCAAAACCUCGCUCAUGGAUCCGCGGUUUGGCCCCGCUUGGAUAGCGUUCGGACACACUUUCUCGAAUGAGGGUGAACAUGACCAUGCAGUCACAGCGUAUUCUACGGCAGCACGGAUGUUUCCAGGAUCCCACAUCCCGCUGACAUUUGUUGGAAUGGAACAAAUCGUACUUUCAAACUACAAAUUAGCGGACGAGGCGCUUACUGCCGCUCACUCGAUGUGUGACGGAGAUUCCCUGUUGUAUAAUGAACGGGGCGUGAUGGCAUAUAACCACGGAGAAUACAAAGCAGCGGCAGCACUCUUUGAAAAGGCAUUGUCCUUAGCUGAAGUCACGCAGAGUUCGCAACAGUCCUGGACGACAACCUAUAUCAACUUGGGGACUUGUUAUCGCCGACUAAAACGUUACGCUGAGGCGCGGGACACCUACCGGAAGGUACUGGCACUCGAUCCCCGGCAAUCGCUCGCGCUUGGGUUUUUAGGCCUCGUUCACCAUCUCACAGGUGAUCUUGAAAACGCCAUUGUCAAAUACCAUGAGGCACUUUCUGUGGACCCUAUCAACGCAUAUAUCAUGGAACUGCUUGAUAUCGCGUUGGAUUCAGCAUCUACGCUCCCUUUGCAGGAGGCUGGUACGGCUAAAACAAAAGAACAAAUCAAGGUUCAAGCGGGCCGCUUGGAGGACAAAUAUGCCCGAGCCAUGCCUGAAGCGAAAGAAAUUCUGAAAAAAGUAGUAUAUGGUUGAUGGGACCUGAGUCGGAAAGCUCUGGAACUUGGAAUGAACGCGUUGGUCGGACGUGCAGUCGCCAAGAAGGUCAUGUCUGUACGGAUUCUGGCAAUGCUUGACACAUAUUCUAUCGGUGGUUUUCCAACCUCCCCGAAGCAAACUUUGAGAACGUUUGUUUUGAUAAUUUUGUAGUACUUCUUGGCAACGAGAAGUGGGUAAUCGAAUUCAACGAACGAAGGCA